UUAUUUCUCUAGCUAUUCUAGACGGAGUAAGAAGAGAGGGAGGUCUUUUCCACGUUCGUAAAACACAUUCUGUCCUCGUUCCUCUGUCCAUAUAUAUUUGUCCCUCCCUCCCGUCCGCAUUCUACCGGCGUCGUCAGUCUAAUACCGGUCUUUCGUCCUAAUACCUCGUUCGUGUCUAUAAAGUAAACCCCUUAUAAAGCAUCGAGCCGGCGCGAGAAGCGUGAGGAAUCCCUGGGUACUGCGGUUUCCGCAGUGAAUGAGAGUGGCUGAGGAUCUUUAAAGUUUUACUCGUCGAGGGGAGGACGGUACGCCGCCGCGGUAAUCCGUUUCAGUCGUUCCGUAUGCGCUCGGAUAUCUACGUCCGUUCGAUUCUGAGAAGGAAUCGAGAGGAAAUCGGGAUGCAACGCGGCAGAGGAGAAGUGAAAAGUUUGCAUAAAAGGGAGGUAAACGAGCCACAGAAGUGAACAUUACCUGAACGUUUAUAUAGUGCGUUGGACGGUACUAUUUAAAGCAGAGAUUUAAAACUGGCACAAUUCUGAAUAAAAGUAUUGACUCGAUAAAUAUGUUUUGUAUUUAUACAUACAUGUUAAUAAUAUGUAAAGUGUGCCCCGGAUCAAUUGCCGUGAAUGCGUUUUUGAUGGUUAAUUUACAGUGCAACUGAAUAUCUGUACCUCUAUUGAAAUAAACAUCGAUUUUUACAAUUUUCGUGUGGACGAUUUCAGAUCUCGGAUUACAUGUCCGUUUGGUACUUUUACACAUUUGACGAGACGAACGCAGGUACAAAUGCAAGCACACGUAAUAGAGAAUAAUAAAAAAUAACGGGUAGAUUGAAUCGGAUACAGUGUUCAUCGGAGAUUCCAGUAGCGUCCAAUUUGCGAAGGAAGACUCGCUCAGCGGACAAAGUUUUUAAAUUCGGGUCUCGCUGCCCCCUGAUAGAGGAUUCCCGAGUGGCUAUUUCUCACGAGCGAAUAGAGUCGUUUAAUUCCGUGGACUCGACACGAGAGAACAGGGAUCCGCCUGUGCGUCGGACCUCGGGUUUUUAUGAUUCAGUGCAGCGGGACGUCUUUUUUCGGACUCGUGCGUUUCUAGCCGGAAGAAAGUUUGCGGAGCUGUAUGAAAUUACCGUACGAACUUAACGAAAUUCCUGCAGUACAAAAUAUUUUGACGCAGCUCCUUAAUAUCCCGGUCAGUGCUCCUGACUGAAUUGCGUCGUCGGCCCGGUUAUUCUUAAUUCCGCAUUCGCGAAACGAGGUUGCGCGUUUGACGGUAACAGCGGAUACAAAAUACCGAAACACCCAACUUCUGUAAUAUUCAAAAGCAUCGGUCGGGAGAAACGCGACGAUGCAGCAACGGGGGUAACGAGGCAGACUUCUAGUUGGUACAUCGAGAAACGUGGCGUGUACGGAAACAGGGAGAGAAGAAAAUUGAUUGUAUUCCGGAGGCAGUCUCCUUUUACGAGCAGAAAUACCCAAGAUUUCAUCAAAAUAUAAUUAGUUAAGAAUGUUAAAGGAACUGUAUAUGUAUGUGUGAGAGACAUGCACAUUGAGCCAAGAGCAUAAUAACAGAAGUAAACUCAAACAAAAAGAACGGAACAGCGAUUCAUCUCGUAUCUCAGAAGACCCUGCUGUCUCAGGCUGUAUGAUGCAGAAGAACGGAAUAAAGAAUGUUUUUAAUAAUAAGUAGCAGAAAAUAGCUUUAGUACCUUUGAGAGAGGAAAAGUAUAAAAAGAAGAAAACAAGUAAGCGAGGCGCGAUCGUAAUAACCGAACUGACGGAGCUGACGGAGCGAUACACGCGAACUGCGAACCACGACAGUGGCUGAUUCGCGAUAUAAAAACGGACGGGGCGUAUAUUCGGCCGUCUAAAGGUGAAUUCGCUUGUACACGGGAAUCUCAUUAAGGGAGGCGCAGUCGAAGCCGAGGGGAAAGAACGCGGCACAAAGGGUUUCUUCAGAACGGUAGCACGCGUGCAUCCGUCCGCGCGCAAGAAUGCAAGACCACGAUGAAUUUUACAGAACUCUCUGCUCGUCGGAGACCCUGCGCUCCGGGAAGAAAGGCUUCUUCCACGAUUUCAGCGACUUCGUGACUCAAACCGCGGGCGAUACCUGGACAUCGAGGACAUUCAGUCGGAUCGAUGACGACGAGGAGCGGGUGAGGGCGGUUUUCACCGACGCGAGAAUAAGGGACGUCGUGGUCGGCACGCUCGCAAAGGUGAAGCCCCUUUACAGGGACAAGGAUGCGGAGAUCUCCAAGCGCAGGCGACUCGAAGGAUACCAGCACAUCGCCAUCGGCCAAUACGAAAAGGCUCUUUUGCUGUUCAGUCAGGCCGUUCUGCGUGCUCCUCAAUCAGGUAAAAACAUGACGCUUGAUCAGAGUCUGGCAUUGCCUCUGGCGCUACUAGGAAGAGCCGAGAUCUUUAUGGCGCUCAAAGAGUACCAGUUCGCACUGGAGGAUUUGCGGUUGGCCACCGAACAUGACGUGCCGGAUGAAACUAUGCAGGAGCUUCGCCAGAAGACGGAAGAGUGCGAGCGUUUCCUGAAGAGCAACGAGAACUCGCUGGUGCCCGUCGUUGAUCCCGACAUUAGCAGGCUGAUUCGAUUAGUCGCGAGCCAGCAAGAAGGCGACGGCACGUCGUUAAAUGGCGCUGUUAAUUCCGAGGUUCGCUGGUCGUCCGGUGCCCUGGAAAUCCGUGAGACCGCGGCAGCGGGUAAACACGCCGUUGCAACCGUGGAAAUACAUCCGGGCGAUAUCCUGGCGGUCGAGCCGCCGCUGGCGGGUUGUCUCCUACCCGAGUUCUACGGCACCCAUUGUCAGCACUGUUACGCGAGACUGAGAGCACCGAUCGGCUGCCCCAACUGCAGCAGCGUUGCCUUUUGCGGCAGAAAGUGCAGAGACAUCGCAGUGGGGACGUAUCACAAAUACGAGUGCAAAAUUCUGGCACUACUGAUAGGCUCCGGCAUGAGUGUACUCAGCAUGGUCGCCUUCCGGAUGGUGACGCAGGAGGGCUUGGAGAAGUGUUUGAAGAUCCACGAGGAGUUGAAGAAGAAGAACGGCGAGAACGCCAGCGAAAUGAUCUCGACGCCUGCGGCAGCAUCCACGCCGGAAAUGCACGAUGCAAAGCCGCAGUCAGCAAGUAGCAGGUCGGCCAAGAGAAGAAUCAGACGGAGGAAACUGAAGGAAUCCAGGCGAGGCGAGGAGAGUACCGAAACGAAGAUGCAGCAGGGCACAAAAGAGUGCCACGAGAGGGAUGACGAGACGAUCGACGUGACACCGUACGAGAUGGUGACCCACGAGGACAGACGGACAAGCAAAGACUUCCUGGAGAGAUCGCUAAUGGCGGCCUUCCUGCUCAAGUGCCUGCAGAGAGUCAGCUUCUUCGCGUGCCCCACACCGGACGAUGAGGUCCCAGGCGCCGACGAGAUCGCCGUGGCCGCCCUGCUGCUGAGGAACCUACAACUGCUCCAAUUCAACGCCCAUGAGUUCUUCGAGACUCGACUGAGCGAGCGGCAUCGAUUCCGCGGCAGCCGACCGGUCUACCUCGGUGUGGCGAUUUAUCCAACGGUCGCCCGUUUCAAUCACGACUGCUAUCCCGCUGUGAUGAGAUGUUUUGUCGGUCGAUGCAUCGUAAUAAGAGCAGUUCGCAGUCUACAGCCGGGCGACGUUGUUGCCGAAAACUAUGGACCGAUAUUCACGAAGAAGACUCUUGCUGAACGUCAAAGGACACUAGCGGGAAGAUACUGGUUCCAGUGCACAUGCAAAGCUUGCCACGAAGACUGGCCGCGCUUUGAGAAUCUGACGAACGACUCCGUCAGAUUGAGGUGUCCUACGCCGGGAUGCGACGGACUGCAUUUGCCAGCGCAGCAGAGGCCGAGUAAGAUGAUAAAAUGCCAGGGCUGUCAGAAGAAAAUCUGCUUGGAGGAUCGGCUCGCGUGCCUGCGGGAGUGCGAGGCACUCUACGCCCGCGGAUUGGCCAGUAUGGAAGACGAGAGGGUGGACGAGGCGAUCGAGACGCUGUGCGACGCUCUGAAGAGAUUUCACCAAGUCGCCUGUCCACCGCACCGGGACACACACCUGGCCGAAAUUGCUUUAAGCUCCUGUCUGGCUGACUGCGGGAAUACUUGGAGACCGACGGCGCUUUGAACGGCACACAGAAGCAGCAGGAAGCUGCCGCUGAACUCCGGAACGGAUCCUGUAACCGCGUGGUCGACCGCGGCCGACCAAGGAUGUCCUUCGAAUAAAAGACGAACCGUUUGAUCGUAGCGUAGACGUUGGUCCAGGCAAUUCCUCGACGCACACUGUGAUAUUUUAAGGCAUAAUAUGUCGAGUCAAUGUUCUAAAUCGGACGUUUCGGACAAGAAUUUGUAGCAUCCUAACAGCGUAAUUAUUUUGUGUGUCUGUUUUUUAUUAUCUGUAUCUAAUUAUCUGUUUAUCUAACGACUUGUUGAUUGCUUUGUUCAUCUAACAAAGUGCUGGAUCAGUUUAACAGAACGUAAAGAGAUAGCGGCGUUACUGUUGAAAAUGUUAUUUAAUAAAGUCUCUUUUUAUUCCCUUGAAAGUAUACGUCUCCUUUUUUGAUUUGUGAAUACCAUUGGGCAUGUACGCGUUCCAAAUCUGAUUUUUCUGCGACCCUCUCUCAUACUGCGACAAUUCGGAUCAGACUCUGCGCGAAUAGGAACAUUAACUUUAUUGCCUUUAUAAAAUCGCCGGGACCCAAGUAAAGCGAUAAAGCUACCGUGGAAGGAUGGAAUAAAAGAACUCCGUUCGCCGCGCGCGAACGUCACGUCGCGCGCAUAAUGUCGUGCAAUUUGCACGCGUAUCACCCGGCGCGCACGUACGCGUAUACGCAUAUACGCAUCGCGCUUAGGUCGCUUAUAUUCGCGGUGAUCACCGCAUACAGAGAACAAAUAGCGAUAAUUGAUAUUGCGAGCAUGAGCCGCGUAUCGCGGAAUUAGCGACCUAGGCGUUUGCCGAGGCGUUGAUCUGGAAGCCAACUUUUUAAAUUUUGCCUGCAAACAGGCGAUCGGUUUGGUUCAACCGAGAUCUCUGCUGAUUGCCACGCGUGUGUGUGCGGUGUGUAUCGUAUCAUUAUCUGAGAACAUACAAUCGGGAGUGCCUGAUAAGUCGCUCUCGCUCUCGCAUCUUCGUUCGAUCGAUCGUGCGAGAAGCAAGAACAUGGGAAUUUUGCCAAUCGGUAAUCUCGAUACUCAUUAAGAGAACACCCUGCGAUUUAAUAAUCAGAAAUAUCUUUACGAGAUGUAUAAAAUUAAAAAUUAUUCAUAAUGAGAUAUUCUUAUUGCGGUUUGGGUUCAGGAAUCAUCUUUCUUUUCUUGUAUAUUCGAUGUACGUGUUUUAAGUAUGUUCUGUCUGUAGUCUCCUUUCAGAGAGAAUAAGUUUUUCUUUUCUUAAGAAAUAUUUGAGAUAACAUUCUUGUGCGAUACAUAGACUAUGUACAUACCAUCGUAUGCGACAAAAUGCACAUGAAUUACUGGAUCUAUGUGAUAGUUGCAUGCUCACGUAUUGCGUAUAUUAUGCGUAUGUAGUCCGUUCAGGUUCUGAUGCGAAUAAUUUUAAAAACUUUUUUCUGCAGCGUUAUUUCUCUCAAUGAAUGAUUGCGUUAUGAAGCUCGAUUACCCUAAAUUUCAAGGUAGUAUUUCUGCGUCAGUUUUGACGUUAAAUGUAGCAGUACUUUAUCGAAAAUACUCGUCGAAAAAACACUUCAUACCGCACACGCUGAUGGAGGAUCAAAAAGACGCCAGAGUGGAGCACUGCAAAGACUGCUAAGAGCGAGCAAUAUUGAUCCGAAUUUCAUGAAAAAUAUUGUAACUGAUGACGAAACAUGGUGUUUUCAAUAUGAGCUACUCACAAAGCGGCAGAGUGCGAAAUGGCAGAGCCCAGAAGAGCCAAAACCGAAGAAAAUGCGCAUACAGAAAAGCCAAUUAUCAAGACAUUGCUUUCUUUCAUCGUUUUCUUCAAUUCGAAAGGAAUCGUCCAUAAGGAAUUUAUAUGGGAACGUCAAACGGUGAACGUUGAUUAUUAUUUGGAUGUUCUGAAUCGUUCCUAGAACAGCAUUCUUCAAGUUUGAUCUGAAUACCGAGAGCAAGGGUCUGGUCACUCCUGCAUGAUAAUGCACUGGCACACAAAUCCACGAUUGUACACGAUUUCUUGGACAGAAAAGGCAUCACACCUGCCUGAUUUGACUCCGUGUAACUUUUGGCUAUUCCCAAAACUCAAGUUGGCGAUUAAAAAAAAGCGUUACGACACCAUUCAGGACACUCAACGAGGUUCGACCACGGUUUUGGAGACGAUUCCAAAAACGGAACAUAAUAACCAUUUCAAAAACAACUGGUUGGUAUUACUACCAACAUUGUAUUGACUCAAAGUAUAUUUAAAAAAAAGAAAUAAAAACAAAAAAUAGUCGAUGUCUUGUUUUGUUUUUGGUGGUAUCAAUUGCAUCAGAGCCUGGACAGACUUUUAUUACAGGAUUCAAAACCGACGUAAACUGCCCAAUGUUUGGCAGCGAGAAACGCGCGUGACGAUUGCUUUAUCUCUCAAUACCUCAAACUAUUACUAGAUUGUAAAUGGAAAUAUGGUAAGUGCACCAGUGAAUCUCGAAUUCACGUCGUUAUCUCGAAUAAAAUUAUUUCUGCGAUGAUGUAAAAUAUACAACCUGUUUCCACAUACUAAGAACUUAUCUUUAACAAUAAAAAUAAUCAAUAACAAUGUAACUUAUUUUUUAAGAAUUAACGAUCGUUUGUGAUUAUUUGUCUCGGUGGCUUUAUCAACUCAAUUCUUCGUGUUUGUGGUUUCUAAUAAAUGAUAUCUCUGGCG